GGGAGUGUUGGGGAAUUCCCUGCAGGGCGGAAGCGCCAGAGCUCCAGGCAGAGCCCAGCGACUGGCCCGGGGCCACGGGGCCCCUGAGACUUGGGGGGCCAUGGCCGGGGUCGCGUGCUUGGGGAAAGCUGCGGAUGCCGACGAGUGGUGCGACAGUGGCCUGGGCUCUCUGGGUCCAGAUGCAGCGGCCCCCGGAGGACCGGGAUUGGGCGCGGAGCUGGGCCCGGGGCUGUCGUGGGCGCCCCUGGUCUUUGGCUACGUAACCGAGGAUGGGGACACGGCACUGCACUUGGCGGUGAUUCAUCAGCAUGAGCCCUUCCUGGACUUCCUCCUAGGCUUUGCAGCUGGUACUGAGUACCUGGACCUGCAGAAUGACCUGGGCCAGACAGCCCUGCACCUGGCAGCCAUCCUGGGGGAGGCAUCCACGGUGGAGAAAUUGUAUACGGCGGGCUCCGGGUUGCAUGUGGCAGAGCGUGGGGGCCACACAGCGCUGCACCUAGCCUGCCGCAUGGGGGCACACGCCUGUGCUCAAGUGCUGCUCCAGCCCCGCCCCCAGCACCCUAGGGAAGCCCCCCAUAUCUACCUCGCUCAGGACCCUGACCACACCCCUGGCACCGACCCCACCCCUGGCACAGACCACACCCCUGGCACUGACCACACUGCUGUUGCGUUGUACCCCAAACCCGACUUGGAGAAGGAGGAGGAAGAGAAUGAGGACUGGAAGCUGCAGCUAGAGGCUGAAAACUAUGAAGGCCACACCCCACUCCAUGUGGCCGUCAUCCACAAAGAUGCAGAGAUGGUCCGACUACUCUGGGAGGCCGGAGCUGACCUAAACAAACUGGAGCCCACGUGUGGCCGGAGCCCCCUGCACUUGGCAGUGGAGGCCCAAGCAGCUGAUGUGCUGGAGCUUCUCCUGAAGGCAGGUGCUGACCCUGCUGCCCGCAUGUACGGUGGCCGCACCCCACUGGGCAGCGCCAUGCUCCGGCCCAACCCCAUCCUCGCCCGCCUCCUCCGUGCACACGGAGCCCCUGAACCCGAGGAUGAGGACGACAAGCCUGGACCCUGCAGCAGCAGUAGCGACAGUGACAGCGGGGAUGAGGGCGAUGAAUACGACGACAUCGUGGUCCACAGUGGCCGGAGCACAAACUGGCUACCUCCUACCCCAGCUUCAAAACCUCUCCCUGAUGACCCCAUCUGACUUGUUAAUAGAAUUUCUAAUUAAAUAAAAUCCUAGUUCUGACAAU